UGAGAGAAGCUUCACUCUUCUGUUGCUUAAUUUAAUAAUCACAAGAGCACAUCUGUAUACUCUCUGCAUUUUCUCUGAUCCCUCUUUAGCUUCUCAACCUCCUUUAAGAUUAUAACAUAAGUUGGGAAAUAAGUGAGUUAAUAAUAAAUUUGGUGUACAAAAUUUUAGACAUAGCUGUUAGCACAGACUGAUGCAAGCUUAACAGCAUUAAUGAAGAUAAAGUAUCUCACCCUAUAGUUCUGACCAAGACUCUCUUAUUUUUAGAAUUAUAUAUCAUAAUUAUUCUACUAUAAAUAUUGUUACUAAUAAUUUUAGAAAUAAUGGACAAAGUUGUUUCAAAGAAUUCAGCCUCAAUACAGGAACUAGGAGUAAAGUGCAAGCAAAGCGGAGUAACUUCAGAGCAUAUAUCAAAAGAUGUAAGUAGCUGCUUUUUCAAAGGGUACUUGGCUAAAACUACACUUCAAGGGAGUAAAUCUAGAACUAUUCCUCAAGAGAAGAUUGUUAAGAAAGAGUCUAUAUUAGGCUCAACAACUUUACUAAUCCCCAAGAGUCUUUUAAAGAAGGAUUUUAAAGGAUUCAAAAAGUUUAAGAGGAUUUUAAAGUUACCAUUAAGAUAUAAAAAGAGUAAACCAAAAUCAAUUUUAAGCUUCUCACUGAGCAACGAGAGACCAGUGAAAUUGAUAUCUAGACUUUCUUCUCUCAACAGAUCAAAGAGAAUAAUAAAGAACCAGACUCCCCCAUUAUCAUCUUCAUCUGGGAAGGAAAGUUUAUGAAAUACGUUAACUAGAUCUACAUCGAAAUCUAUAAAAACCAGAGGAAAGUUUAGCAGCCUAUCAGAUUUCCAUAUCCAAAGGCCAAAGAAAAAGCUGCUUAAUGGCUUAAGCAACAAGGUGAGAUCUCUGGCCGAUGCAGAUUACAUUAAGAAAUUGAUGGUGAAACCUCCUAUUUAUCCAGUACAAAAGUAA